CAGCCCCUAGCGGACACGGGCCCGUGCGUGCCUCUUCCGUCAUCUGUCUAUCGUUAACAGUGCGAGGCAUUUUUGACGACAUCUGCGCGCCACUGUGCUAGCUAGCCUUCUUGAGUGCAGCAUCGACGCGCACGUUUGUUUUCCUUUCGCGCCGCUGCUCUUCCCCGCUGCUAUAGUUGUGCGAAGAAACUUACGGCUUGUUUCGGCCACUGCGACCGCGACUGUAAGAACCGACGGUGAGAAAGCGCCGCUCCGUCGGCUGAAGUCGCUCGGCGACUUUCGAACUUUGGUGACUGUCGAGUAGUAGAAAGCAGCAAGGCUAGAAGCAGUGGAACUUUUCGACUGCGAGUCGGCCGUCGAUCAAAAUAUUCUUUCUUUCUCGCUGUCAUCGGCUGCUUUUCAUUUUCUUCGGCGACAACUUCGACGCGCGCUGACCGCUGCGAACAUGGGAAAGAGAAACAGCAAACUGAAGGCCGAGCGCCUUUUCAAGCUGGUCAACGAGACAUACUUUUCCGAGAAAGAAGUCAAACAGUGGUACAAGGGAUUUCUUAAGGAUUGUCCAAAUGGCCAACUCACAGAACAGGGUUUUCUGAGGAUAUACAAGCAAUUCUUUCCUCAAGGUGAUCCCUCGAAGUUUGCAUCGCUGGUUUUUCGGGUUUUCGACGAGAACAAGGACGGCUCAAUCGAGUUCGAGGAGUUUAUUCGUGCACUUUCGGUGACUUCACGAGGCAGUCUCGACGAGAAGCUAGUCUGGGCCUUCAAACUUUAUGACGUCGACAACGACGGAUUCAUCACGAGAGACGAGAUGUACAACAUCGUAGACGCCAUCUAUCAGAUGCUGGGAAACCAGACGAAAGAGUCCGAACAAGAGGAAUCCCCCCAGGAAAGAGUUGACAAGAUAUUCGAUCAACUGGACAAAAACCACGACAACCGGCUGACGUUGGAGGAGUUCCGCGAGGGCUCCAAGCAGGAUCCGAAGAUUGUGCAAGCGCUAUCUCUUUACGCUCCUUGACACAACCUCACAGCCAGUCAGUCCAUGCUGGUCCAGCCUCCCACGUUCGAGCUUAACUACUCCCACAUCCCGCCCAUAUACUGAACGCCUUUUUCAUUUCUGGACUCCACGCUCCUAUUUUUUGUUUACUCAUUCUUUAGUAGCUCUUGCCUUUUUCUGCCUUUUCCAGAGUCUCCUUCAUCUUGAUUCUGCACUUGUCCUAUCAAUUUUGCGUCCACGUGUUGAUUCUGUAAAUGAGCAGCGAUACAGCAUGCUGGAAGGACAGAUAAUAUUAGCCAGCUUCGCAGUAGCGCCAAAAUAUUAAACAUUUUCGCGAGUCACCGUGAAGCUUUACUUAACAUUUGCUAAUCUGGACUUUGUCUUUUACAUUUUAACAUUAAAAAAAAAACAUCAAUGUCCCAAUGUGACGAGGACGUGGCUGCCGCGGUGAACAACUUGAAUAAGUGCUUAUUUUACGUUACGACUCAUAUUCAAAGUGUGGCACCGGCUAACAUACGUAAAUCAGCGCAAAAUUAGACCGCGCUGAGCAGCUGGUCGUGUGAUCCUUCUAGCAAGCUGCGUCCUGCCGAUCUCCUGCGCACCCUGUGACGUUCAGCUUUUCUGCCACGUGACACCAUUGAAGCUGCCAUCGAUGGCUUCCACCACCACGUAGGUUACUGUACAAAGAGACAGCCAUUCAAUUCUCGCAUGCCUCGCGAACGAGCGCUCUCAGUCAGGGUAAAAGUAUUACGGAGCCGUUCACUUUGUCAAAGCUCGAAGCUAUUUUUUUAGAAAGCAUCGGCUGCACCUUACAGCGUGCUGGGUUAAGACAGGUGUCCCGCACAUUUUAAGCGAAGAAAACUUUAUUAAGUGAACUUCUAUUUUCGUGGUUAUCGGAGCGUCUUCUUCCUCCCGUUCUAUACAACUCGUGCCAACCAGCUCCGUAGAUGAUAUCGCUAAUCUAUCAUUACCAUGACUGUCUGUAUUACUCAGGAAAUUACACUUGGCACGCGCACAACCAAGGGGCAAAAUUUCCGUUCUUUCCGCACCAAUGUAUUUCUGUCAUGGGCGACGACUCAUUGCGCACUGCCCCGAUUUCAUAUCUGACAAUCAUUUGAAAAAAAAAAAAAAAAGAUACCUCAGGUGCCCUCACAUGGUCCACGUAGCAGCCACCGACGGUAACACUUGUGUGUACUUAGACUAGAGCGAUGACCGAAAUAACCUUUGCAUUUCUUCACAUCGGGCGCUGUUUCAAGGUGAACGAUGAAUGGCACAAAUCGCUGACGUCAUUGGCGUGCGCGCUUGCUCUCCCAGUUCCUAUGAUGAAUCUUCACUGCUUGACCCUUUCAGUAUCACUCGACCGUUAUGUGUUCGUGAUGCUUCUUUCUUUCUUAAUUUUUCCUGCGAUCUUUCACGCUUUCUUUUCUUUGUGCCAUCACCAUCAUCACAUAUUCCGCGUAGCGCGAACGCUUUUUCACGGGGCUAGGACCGGCGUUUUCGACAACAGUGGACCAAUGACAGACAGAACAAAAAAAAAACAUCUGUUAUUUCUGCGCCGCUCGAAGCGGGUAUGUACCCUUAAUGACUGACUGACUGGCUGUUGAAGUGACAGUGUAAAGCUGCUAGCCGGAGAGAUGAUGAUCUAUAAACACUCUUUGACGACCAGACCCAACCGCGCGGUUGGUGCGCGCGCACAAACACACACACGUGCGUUGCGGGCUGGGGAAGCGGCCGUUGCGUAGCCGCAGGCGACGCGUCAAACAACAAAAGCCAAUCAAAUAACCACGGAACCUCUCUACUUCCAUGCUCCCCUCCCUCGUGCUGCACGAGAAAACCCUUUAAUUUAUUUCUUCUUCUCCGCGGAGAGGAGACUCGAGAGAGAGCUGUAAAUAUAUUACAACAUACACGACACACAGCACCACGUAUACUUUCCGCAUUCGCGGUCAAACCAGCUCCCGUUGCCAGAUCGACCUGCACCGAGAGGUUGCCCGUAUUAAUUCAGCCUUCUACUCCGCAAAUACUCAUAACCUACGUUGCGGAGGGGACGGGUUUUUCGCGCGCCUCUGUAUGAUCCGCAGGAUUGCACCCGAAAACGAUAUCUACCUGCCGACUUUGUAUGCCACAUCGUUGCACGGUGUCGUUGUCCUUUCUGUGGGGAGUGGGGCCACGUGGUGGCUACCACUUUCUCGCUGAACUUUUAUCGCUCCCCCCUUUGUCAGCGGGGUGUUUUGUUUGAUGUAGUCGUUGCCAACCUUGUGCGCCGACGCCGUUGGGCACCUUGUGCUUCAAGUGCGAUGGCUUUUUUUUUCUUUUUUUGAAGGUGCAUGCGCACGCUUUUUUUUGACCACCUGUUGUACAGAUGACUCGAUACACCGCCGCCGUUGCGAUCACGCGCGCACUCACUUUUGACCUGUUUAAAACAAAACAAAAGAAAGGUGUUCCCUUCUUCACACUGGAGACCUCCUCUUUAUCACGUCAUUCUUUAUUGCUUUCUUUCUCUGACGUCGGGUGCACAGCCUGAAUACGUUUGUCGAGUGCAAACGGGAAACGAGGGAGGCGCGUUUUUCGAGAACAGUGUAAUUUCCUAGAUGUUCCGUCAUAAUGCUCUUUGGGUGCGAUAGACGGUAAAUUGUUUGUCUGAUUCCAAAUUACGCGUUCCAACCAUAGCUGUACAUUGUGCUCUCUGCUUGAAAACUGUAUGGUACUGGAAUUCGGCCUGCGAGGCGUACUUGUUUGGUACCAUGUUGGAGAUGGCACGCGAUACCGUCCUUGUAAGAGAGUCGAAUGCUGUGCUAGUUGGUAUUUUGACGCUAUAUUUGUCGUAAAGAGCGCAACGGAACGGGACAACAGAAAGAAAACUUGCGCCUGUGUUCGUCUUCCUUUCUGUUCCCCCGUUCCCUUGCGCUAUUUACCACCAAUCCAAUGCCCAGAUACCAUCCUGGCAUGUAGGGAGGAAACAGAAGAGAGGAACGGCAGGAAGGUUAACCAGUUUCGAAAAACCGGUAAAAAUUACUACUGUACGCUGGGGAGAGGGUGUAAAUAAAGGGAGAGCGCAGAUACACAAUCCCACAAGUACACGAGACAACAGACGUGUGGUUGAUAUCGCCGAUACAGUCACUCACAUGGCCGCGAUUCGAAGCGGGUAAAGCGUCUGCUCCAGUGGAACGUUGAUUUGAAAACAAAGUGUACCUUAUAAGAUUCGAACCACGCGACUGACUGAAAGUGUAUCGUAUUAUUUUUCGGCUCCAACACUUCUUGUACACCACAUUUAGCACUUGCGCGUGGCCAGUUACAUUAUUGCUACAACUCGUCGGGGCUACACGCACGAUUUUAUAGGCAGGAAUAAAUACGAACGUAAAGCUGAACAAUCCAUGAAAAAAAAGUACCGACUCACAAUCCUCGUCUACAUUCUCUGACGAAACGGCAGUCUACAUCUGCCUGCGGACAGCGUAGGUUUUUUCGUCGUUUCCCGCUUAGCGGGGAAGUGUGAAAAGGAAAGGCUCAAUUCUGGGCGCCAUCGGGACCACUCUGGGAGCACAGAGCUAGAGCAUAAAGCACAGAGCAAACGCUAACGUUGCCGUCGAAAGCUUCGUAAAAUGCUCUUCUGUAUCAAGUAGUGCGUCGUGGUUCUGUUAACCUUUCUUCCUUUUUACUUAAUCCCACUGUGAGCUAGUAUUUUCUUGACCGUCACUCCGUAAAGCAGCGCAUUUCCCAUGUAUAGCCUCGUCUUGUACCUUUUACAAUGCGUUCGUUGUUGAAAUGCAGACUCAUCGUAACGUAGCAUAUCUGAGCGCCUCGUCCCCGCUCCUUUGCCAGACGAACUUAUUCAGGCUUGCAAAGCAUUCGUGCAACUAUUCGGCCCAAUCGCUUCGCAUGUACGUCGUCCGACCCUCCCUGCCGAUAGCUCAACCACAGACUCCCAGUACUUACUGUGUGGCAUGCAUUUUCGUCGCGUACUACUGCAAACAACCGAUCCCCGAGCGAUAGAGAGGGUCUUCACGAAAACAUUAUACUCGUCGUAAAACUCUAUUCUCCCCCCCCCCCCCCCCCAUUAAAAAAAAAUUCAGCUUUCCUAUUUAGCUUCUACACCAAGGUAUGAUUCGUUCCUUUGUCAUCUUGGAACCUCUUGGCGCUAAGCACUUAGUUUCGGCGAGAUGAGACGCCGAAGCACCUAAAGAAAAGUGAUUACUAUUUUACGAUUGACGGUUAAGCGACGCGUGGAACUUUGCGGUCGCGCCUUCACGAUGGCGAGUCUCGGAAAAACUGACGAUUCCGGAAGAGUCUCUUCUCAAAUCGCUUCCGCGUCGCUGCGCUAUGCGAUGCGUGCGUUACCACGAUUAACCGACUUGCAGCCGAUCGACGCCGCCUUAAUAAGACGUUGACGCGCUUGAAACUCGUAUCGUUCGUGUUUUUCUCGGCUUCGGUAUAAGUAGUUCACUGAAGAUUCCCUUUAAGUGCGCACUUUCCAAACUUCGCCUCAGAUUUUCCUUUAGUUGCGUAUCGAAAUACCUUCGAUAAUCGAGCCCUUCCAACGUGUACCGCAUCGCUGUAGUUUAACCUGUUUGUCUUUCGGUGUGUCUUUUUAGGGUGCUUGUAGCGCAUGCUGGAAUGUUUGCGCGAGAAAACACCGCCAACAACAAAAAAAAGGUCAGGGUUUCUGUAUCGCUUAGUCAUUUUCUCUCGAUGCUGCGAGAAUGGUGCUAAAGAUGACGAGGGCUGUUUUGCUUGGCGUGUGUACAGAUAACGUCCUUAUGUUUCCGUCAAUAUCGGUUAAUAUCAGCGUGAAAUAGGUGCGAUUCUAUUCUCAGAAGCUGCUAAAAUACAAAUUUAGGGCAUAAGCCGCGUUAGGCGCGUGUUAUAGUGCACUGUUUUUUUUUUUCGUCUUGUUCGAAGCUAUUUAGCAUUGUUGGGCGUUUCUGUGUGUCGACCGUAGCAGACUUCGACUUCUCAGCGUGCGCAGGCCAAAGCAGGUGGCAUUCGCAGUCAUAACGCAGGCUGCUAACGCUAUAGACAAGGGUCUGAAAUAAGAAUAAACGCUCUCGUACUGCAAUCCGGCUCCAGUAUGUCACACCGCACGCUUGGGAAAAUACUGCUAUGGUGAGUCGAUCGGUUGGUUUCGAGUUUUUUUGUGGUGGUAUGGCCUUUUGCAGCUACACUGUCGACACUAUCAACGGCAACCAGUUUGCCUCUGCGAACAUCUGCUACAAUUCGUGCUCUUAAGGAACGUUGUUAGACUCGAGCAAUGAAAACUAAAACGUCAAACGUGCGCUUUAACGUGUCCGGUUUUGCUGAAGCUGCUUGUGUUUUUUUCUUUACUUUAUUGCCAGCCGCCGUGAGCAUGAUUCAAGCAGGUGAUGAGGUGGCGACGCUGAGGUGUUUCAUUUUUGCUUCUUUUUUUUUGGCUGGACUGACGAACGAAAUGCCGGGUACGAAAACAGCGACAAACGACCGAUGUUAGCAGCUUGUAGAAUGUCGGUGAUAGAUUUCUGUGCUCUCUGUAAACGUCGCUAGUUGGCCGCUCGUAGUUUCGUUCUGCUUUGCUCUGUGCUACAUGUUGAGCAACCACCGUAUCACAAGGACUUAAUUUCUAGUCUGACAUCUGGCAUAGAUUAUCCUUUACCGCGUAUUUAGGGUUUGUUUCGAUUCUGCUUGAAGAACGUGUUGCGGAAACAAAGUUAUCUUAAGCUUAGAUCACUUCUAUGUUCAUAUCAUCUAGGGCUAGUUUGUGGUUGCCAGAACGCGGUAAAAGUCACCAUAGAAGUGAGCUAUCUUAGCUGAACGAUACUGACGUGGGGAUGACGGAUCGAGUGCGAUUAAGAGAUGACGUCCUGUACAGACCCGGUGCAUCAUUAGAUGGAAUCGGUAAUCGUUUUUCUUCAUUGAGCAUAGAGUACUAAAAAAAUUAAACGUGUGUAAAAUUCUUGUAACAAUAGGAAAUUUUUUUGUACGAAACACGAGGCGAAUAUAGAAUAUGAAAUUAGUGAACUGCUAUACGCCCUGUGUUGCAUUAUUUGCUUUUUUUCCAUAGCGUAAGUGUUCAAAUAAAAAAAAAAAUGUCGCGUUGCUUAUGCUGGCCACGGACGCCACUAUUUCUCUCGCACUUUUAUAAUGGCCAAAGCGCGGCAAAGGUGUCUGUUAGGCGUUCUACCGAAUUAAAUCAAUGUCGGUACACCGUCCACUGGCAUUGAUCAAACAGGCACUGGGUAAAUAUCUGCACCGCUAUCCUAACUGAGCAUCCCAACUUGAUAUGUCCAAGAAUUGUCUGUCGAGUGCCGUUUGUAAUUAGAAUUCUGUAGACACUUUUAAGGCCACCUUUUAUUAAGUGCCGUGCUUGUGUUCUCUGUUAACGUUUCUGUAUUCAGUGCUCCUUGCUCUUGCAACGCCACUACGUUUGCAGUGUAGUGCUGAGACGAUGGGAAUUUGUCCUGUUGAAGUUAUCUACGUCUUAAACGUCCUAGUCAUUAUUUAUUUAUUUAUUUAUUUAUUUAUUUAUUUAUUUAUUUAUUUAUUUAUUUAUUUACACCUUCACAAUAAAUCAAGAAUGCUAAAGGAUAGCAUAAUCAGGCAGCUCUUUACUAUACGUACUAUAACUAUGUGCCAGCAUGGAAUUCCAUAGGUUUUCCGAUCGAUUCCUUCACACACGGUGAGAAGAGGCAUUGGCUAUCGAUGAUACAAGUUCACCCUUAUCGGAUGAUGGUAGUCUUACAUGUAGCAAUUCCUCUCUUCUCAUUUAAGGCAAUGCGUCAGCUUUUUUUUUUUUUUUCAAAGCUUACCUUCCGGGGCUGCGUCGCCUUUCGAUUGUUCAUUCUAGCUAAUGCAAAAUUGCCACAAAUAGUUUAGGUGAAUGCGUGAUGGCUUGAGGAAGGGAGGCAGGGCUCCAUUGGUUAAUGGUCUGUGAAGUUGGAGUGUCUGCGACAUGGAUGAAGCUUUUGCGUAUAGUCUUGAGUUUCGGCCUCCUCGCUUUGUUUUUUCUUUAUAUUAAUAGCUUCUUAAUGGCUCUGUCAGUUUGCAGCAUCUGAGCGCACUCACAGUUCUCGCUUAAUUUUGCCUUCUCGCACGCGUCUGCUUCGUGUGCUCACAAUUUUUCUUUUUCUGUGUUUGAAAAGAUGCAUAAACUUUUCGACAAAGAAGUUCCUAGGAGCGAGAAGUGCAUGGAGUGCUUCGAGGUGAUUUUACGGAUGCCUCCAUCGCCGCGUACAAUUCGUAAUUUGCUGUGUACGAGUCUUUGGCUGCACAUUCUUCGGGGUCGUGUUCCUUGUGCAUUCUAUACCGUACAUUCGCGGCUCUCGUUUAGGUUCGCGUCACGCAGCCUGACGACUGAAAACGCUUUGCCAUUCGUUUCUGUGGGAAUUUCGCUGGUCCAUCUUUGUGGAUUUUUCGUUUUCGUUUUGGAAAAAAAAAACUUACGCUAAAGUAGAAUACAGUGCGCGAGAGUCUAAUUUGCAUCCAGCUGAUGUUUAAUGACCUCUCUCACGCUCUGUCUCUUAGCUGUUCUCAUUCUGCUGCUCUUGGCUCUGCAGAUGAGGCCUUCGUCCUGUUCAUCUCGUCCGUGCUCAGUGCAUACCUAUGGCGGCGAGGCCGCCUGGAUUUUCGCUGUUACGUAGUGCUCGUCUCCUAAUGAUCGCGCCGGUAUAAUUAACGCCGCCCGUCGGUGCUGUCCUACUCCCGCAAUUGGCGGAUCGCUCGAGCGGAGUUACACGCCGACUCUAUCAGUAUAUAGCGUGGCAACCGGCGCAGCUGCAGAACGACAAGACCCCGUCUCUCUCUUUACGCAAACGAGUUUUCUGCGUGCCUGGCUCAUUUCGGUCGUAUAGCUUCAAGAUUCACGCUGCCUUUGCAGUCGAAUGAAAAUGUCACUUCGUUCAUCGAGUAUAAAAGGAAAAAAAAUAAAGUCAACUUCUGGCUCGAACGAGGGGGGCGCGGUACAUCCAUUGUUGGGCUCGGUUUAUUGAAAUGUCUGGAAACUUUCUGAGGCCCGAGGGCCUUUUUGUCCGCUCGGUAGGUUUGAAACGAUGACCAUUGUGAGCAAAUGAGCACUGCCUUUUCUUUCCUUCUUUUCAUUCUUCCUUCGCUUUUGUCUCUUCCUCGAUUUUUUAAAAUUUUUUUUUACGCUCACGGAGGCACGAGGGACAUGAAGAGAAUGGCACCGUCAUUAAAAUUGAGACUACUUUUCUUGCGUGUGUAUGUGAUGGUCGUGUUUUGGAAUGAGGGAGUCGAACGUCGUUGGCACAAAGCGCCACCCGCGCCUAAACCGCGCUCUCGUUUUGCCUACUUGCAAGCUUGUCUUUCGUUGUUUUCUUCUUUGCACAUCCAUCGGUGUAGUGUGGGUUUUGCUCUGAAAGAUCUACGCGGCUCCGCCUUUCAGCAGAGGGGGGGGGGGGGGGGGGGGGGGCACUGCUGUGCCUGAUUGGCCGUGAAAUGUUCCAAGGCGGCGCAAAAAAAAAAAGAAAAAGCCGUAAGGUCGCCUUUGUCUCAGAGUGCAGUUAAUCUCAUUUUUCGGGCAUGAAUACUUGCUUCGGUUAGACUUAAAGUCGGUCUUAUUGGUUAGACAAAAAACAAGGAAUUGGAGAAGUCAUUCACAGCUUUACACAUCACGGCACGCGAUGUGUUUUACUGAAUAUUUUCCAUGAAGUUUCUUUCUUUUUAAACGUACGCGUCAAUGCUGUUACACGCAAGUGAUUAGCAGUUCGUGAAAGUAAUUAGAUUAUUGUGGCGUCCGUGCAUUAUCCAGAUUGGACAUUUUUUUUUAUGCCACGUGAUGUACGAUGGCAGAGGAAUAGCGUAUUAGUGUGUCGUUCCGUCUGUGUGACUUUGGUACUAUGGUACUAUGGGGGAAAUAAGGUUAGUAACUUGAAUUUUCUUGUGUUCCUGUAUUUUUCGGUUUAUAAGUUUGCACGGCGCUUAAAUGUCACGCAAAAGAAAGAAAAAAAACACAGGGUGUUUCCUAAUUGUGAUUUCUAUGAGACUGUGUUAGCGUAGGCGCCAAGACGUAUUCAACGCGAUAUUUGCCCUGCUCCGUUCUGUGUGUAACUCGAGUUUGUUUCGUUGGGCCUGUAUUUUCUGCAGCGCGAGAAAUAUUAUAUGCAGAAAGAAAAAUCACGCACUUGGGUUGAUAUGUGUGUCCGGACAUAUUAUAGGUACGUUUGCUGAGUUUGCUAAGGCAAGAAAAAAAAUGCUUCUCUUGUGUGUGUCUACGUUGUCAUGCAUAUGUUCAAACUGUUACAUUCAGAAGUAUGUCAUUUGCCGUUUCUUUCUUUGAUUCAGCGGUCCUUCCGCUCCUUUUAUCCUGUACAUAUGUUAAUAUAUGUAACGCUGGUUUAGUGCUAAUUCUUUAGCUUUAGUGUAGGGCGAAAGUACAUCGUAUCGCCUGCAUGUAGCUGGGUUGAGACAGACCGAGUUGUACCUAGCGAGCCCUUUCUAUCGUUGCAAAGGCUGAAACUGGGGUUGUUUGCUGAAGCGAGCUGAGAGUAAACAGGCACUGACGUAUGCUGCAGCAGAGCGCAUAGCAAUUCCAGCAGACGCUAUCAUUGUGAUAUCGUUGCAUCUAGGCACAUCUAAUGACGUAGGUCUUUCUAAACACCUUUGUUUAGCCCUGUCGCUGCACGUUUGUGAUGGACAUUACGACGGCACGGAGUGUUUGUUCUCAAAUGGAGUGCUGUUCUGAAGCUUGCGCGAGUGUGAAGUGAUAUUUGUUAUGACGACGCAUGCCUAUAAUAAUCGUGGUUAUCCUAUUCUAAGAUUGGUCUUUUUUAUAUUUAAAAAAAAUGUUUAUUCGAAGAAUUUUUUGAAAGUGUAUUAAUGUUUUGUUUUCCUGUUACUGUUUUGGAGACAAAUGUUGACUAAUCGUUGGACCGUUCCAGUUUUCACUUUCUAACGGAAACACAGGCAAUACAAAGAGACCGAACAAGGACGGAGAGAAAAUACAGGGUUAUUUCAACUGCACUGUAUUUUCUUGUUGGUAUUACAGCUAUGAGUUUGUUUGUCUUUUGUGGAACAAGAAGAAACAAACAGGAAGUGUUUGUGCAUGGCGGUCGCUUUGUGUUUGUUUGUUCCUGUUGAAACACACACACACACAUAUAUGUAUUGGCCUACGCACUCGUGUUUGUGACCAGACCCAUGCUUAUAGGAAAGUGCGCUGCUAAGCAGUUCCUUGCCCUCAGAUUUUCAGCCCAUGUACAUUGCUCUUAUGAACCGCAUGAAAUACAGGAAAUACUUUUCCACGGCAAA